AAUAGAGUCUCAUUUCCAUUUAUAUACUGUUUCCAGAGCAAUAUGAUAGGGUCAUCAAUGACUUUCAGGCAUGAAAAAGAUUAAAUGGGAUAAAACUCAGGAAAGUGGAAUAGAGGUUUGAUUUCAAGGAGAAAAAGUAUUAAUACACACUUUCUGAUGCUUAGAGAAGGGCGUUUUUUAGGGGGUACGGUCGACUAUGAUGGGUAUCCAAUGGCGAAGUAUUUAGAUUGCAUUGAGUGUGGAUAUCUUUUACUUUUUAUGUCUGUGUUUACCACUGAGGAAAGUCACUUUUUAGCUGCCUACACACAUAAGGAAACAUUAGAGACCGCGGAUCGAUGAGCCUGUGCAGAAUGGAGUGAGGUGGGGGUUUGCAGACCACUGAGCAGCAGCCGUUUUUUUUGGGUUUUUUUUGGUACCGGGGAUCGAAUUUGGGUCCUUGCGCUUGCGUAGCAGGCGUUAAAACCACUGAGCUAAAUCCCUGGCAGUAGCCGGUUUUGUAAGCGGCCUCGGGAAAGCCUGGGGUGUCGCCGCCCAAAGAGCAGCCCCAGGUUCAGUCUCUGGGCUUGGCAGCAGUGAGACCUUGAACAAGAAGCACGCCUCCGCCUGGGGUUGUAGAUCGCCGGUAAAACACGAGCUUGGCUUAAACGAAGGUCCUGGGUUUGAUCCUCAGCAUCACCACCACAACAAACGCGUCCAGUCUAUGCUUAGCUCACGUGUAACACUUAAAGUCUUAACUCCUUGUACAGUUGAAAAGACUGGAGAGGAAAAAAAAAAAAAAGAAAAGACUGGAGAAAAGGGUACUUGAGGUCACGUAAACGGCAGGAGCCGAGUGCUGGCUGCGUGUUAUGCAAAGGGGUCACGGGAGACAAGCACUCGCUGCUCGCUGACCUCUCCGGGAGGGACAGCGUGGACUCGUCUCCUGCCCGCUCCCGCCGGGCGCCCCGCCCGCGUUCCUUCGCGCGGCUCCGCCCUGGCUGCGCCGAAGCUCAGUUGCCCAGGGAAACCGGACUCGGCCGUGACGCUCCUCUGGUCCAAGGGACAGGAUGCUGAGGUUUUUUUGAGGUUUGUGUGCAGGGUCACCUGCUAAAGUGAGUCAAACUGAGGUACAACUAAAGUCUGACCUUGGAGUCCGCCAGGCUGAAUCUGUUAUUUGACCCUGCCUUGGCCAAGCCGGAAGAGAAAUUUUAGCAGAGAACCUCAGCGCUGGAGACCAUGGAUAAAUUUGAUGUGAUUGAGGUCAUUGGGGAAGGUGCCUUUGGAAAAGCCUACUUGGCUAAAGGGAAAUCAGACAGCAAGCACUGUGUCAUAAAAGAGAUUAGUUUUGCCAAGAUGCCUAUCCAUGAAAAAGAAGCUUCAGAGAAAGAAGUGAUUCUUCUGGCAAAGAUGAAACAUCCCAACAUUGUAACCUUCUUCAGUUCAUUUGAAGAGAACAACAGGCUGUUUAUUGUAAUGGAAUAUUGUGAUGGAGGGGAUCUCAUGAAAAGGAUCCACAGGCAACAAGGAGUGUUAUUUGGUGAAGAUCAGAUCCUGGCUUGGUUUGUACAAAUUUCUCUUGGCCUAAAAUAUAUUCAUGACAGGAAGAUAUUACACAGGGACGUAAAAGCUCAGAACAUUUUUCUUUGCAAGAAUGGAAUGAUUGCAAAGCUUGGGGACUUUGGUGUAGCAAGAGUCCUGAACAAUUCCAUGGAGCUUGCUCGAACUUGUAUUGGAACACCUUACUACCUGUCCCCAGAGAUCUGUCAGAAUCAGCCAUACAACAACAAAACGGAUGUUUGGUCUCUUGGCUGUGUCUUAUAUGAACUCUGCACACUCAAGCAUCCUUUUGAGGGGAACAACCUUCACCAGCUGGUUCGGAUGAUUUGUCAAGCACGAGUCCCUCCGAUAUCACCCAGGUUUUCCCGAGACCUCCAGUCCUUGGUCCCUCAGCUCUUUAAAGUAUCACCCCAGGAUCGCCCUUCUAUCAAUUCCAUCUUGAAGAGGCCCUUUCUAGAGAAGCUAAUUGCCAAGUACUUGACUCCAGAGGUCAUUCAGGAAGAAUUCACCCCCACACUGACGUGCAGAGCAAGGUCCUCAGCUGUGCAGCCUUCGGGGAGAGUGGUCCAGGAUUCUAAAGUACAGAAAGUGAGAUUUCAGGGGAAGCAUCCACCAAGAGCAAGGAUAUCAGUGCCAGUUAAAAGGAAGGACAUGUUACAUAGGAGUGAAUGGAGACCACCAGCUGGAGCCCAGAAGCCCAUACCUAUAAAAAUGAUAGAGAGACCCAAAUUUGCUGCAGUUUGUGGGCAUUAUGAUUUUUAUUAUGCUGAACUUGACAUUUUGAGAAAGAGGGCCCGUGAGGCUAGUUAUCACUGUGUUUCUCAGGAAGAUUCUGGAACCGAGGAGAGUUACAAUAAGGAAGAAAUUCAUGGUCCAUCACCUUCUCAAUGGCCCCCGGAGUUCCUUCAGAGGAAAUUUGAAGCUCAACAAUAUAAAUUGAAAGUGGAAAAGCAAUUGGGUCUUCGUCCAACUUCUGCUGAGCUACAUCACAGCCAGACCACAGCGCUGAGAAGUCCUGGAGAAGAGCCUAGGGUGCAGGCACUGCAGUUCAGGAAAAAGGAAAUGAAAGAUCAGGAAUAUUGGAAACAGUUAGCGGAAAUACGCCAGCAGUACCACAAUGACAUGAAGAAAAUUAGGAAGAAGAUGGGGAGAGAGUUGGAGGAGAGCGCCAAAAUCAGGACCUAUCUGGUGAAGAAGAAUGCCCUCUCUGUUGACCAAGAUGCUCCUGCAGGGGACACGACAGUGCAGGACAUUGAAAGAGACUUGAAAAAUAUUAGGCUUGAGAACAUAAAGGAAAGUAAAAUUCCAGAAAAGAAAUAUAAAGCUAAGAGAGGGGUAAAGUUCGAAAUUAAUUUAGAUGAAUGUAUAUCUGAUGGAAACACUGUCCAAGAAGAAGAGACAAUGGACAUACUAAAUGAAACUUUGACCUUUGAGGACAGCAUAAAGUUUAAGGGAUAUGACUGUCUAAAGGACCAUGAAGAUGACCUAGACAAAGCCUUUGAAAAACUCUGUGGCCCAGAAGCAGAGCUUUUCACUCAGGAUGCUGUAGCUGCAGAAAACAGGAAGCAGUGGGAUGCCAGCGCACCUCGGACUCUGCUGCAAAUGAUGGCAGCAGCUGAUGUCACUUCCACCUGCCCUACUGGUCCUGACGUUUCCUCUGCAGAUGGCCAAGUUAUUGUGAUGGAAAGUAUUCCAGAAAGUAGGAAGCAGUGGCAGCAUGAAGUGCCAGGAACCUUAUUGAAUGUUUUGGCAGCAGCAGAUCUAACAAGUAGCUCAUUUUCUGCCAGUGAAGGAGAACCUGUAAGAACAUUAAAGCAAUGGCUUCCUAGAGAAGAAGAUGUGGGGAAGGUAGAAAUAGCUCCUUGCAUUGAAGUAGAUGAGGAACUGCUGGAACCAGCAUCUGAUGGUGAUGAUACAAAUUUUGAAGAAUCAGAAGAUGAGUUGAGAAGUGAAGUAGUAGAAUCCCUCGAAAAAUUCACUACUUGCAAAGGAGGAAGAAUGGAAGAAAUUUCCAGUAUCUGUAAAGAUGCUGAAGUCAGAAGAGAGAAAGAGGUUAAGUGUAACAAAAUCUGAUAAAUUAAGUGAAGGUCUAGAAGCUGUUUCUAGUCCAUCUAAUGACCAAAUUUGUGUUGCUGAUGAGGAUUAAAGAACAACAACCUAUUCUGUCAUAAAGAAAAAGAAAAUUGAGUCAUUUGUAGGAAAAUGAUGAGAUCAUAACGUUAAGUGAAAUAAAUCAGACACACAAGCUUAAAUAUUGCAUGGUUUCUCUUAUAUGAGAAAUUCAAAUUAUAAAUAAAGAGCAAACUAAAAGAUAAAUACUAGGAAGUAGGGAGAUAGCUCUUUCUCAAAUGAGAAGAGAUGGCGAGGGAGUAGGGAGAGGAGGGCAAGGGCAUGAAAAAAGGAAUUGGGAUGUGUUAUGUACAUGUACCAACUCCACACAAGGAAUGUAAAAUUGUGUA